GUUACAAAGUAGACAUCAUAUAGGUGUUCAUGUUCUUGCCCCGCCAUCGAAGAAGUCGGAUUCGACUAUAGAGAUCUUGCAACUUAUCGUUGUUCUGUGUUAUCCUGUGUAAUACGUAACUAUUCUCAGAAUAAAAAAAUUACAGGAAAAAAACAGAAGAUAGAAAACGAAGUAGGCACCGUUACUAUGGCAACUACUCCUGACAAAUCACCUGGUCCACGCUCGCCCAUUUCUGGUCGUGAGUUUCUUUUGCCAAGCCCUAUAGUAACCAGAAGAACAAGAACGUUUUCAACCUCUAAGUCAGCAUCACAGAACCCUGUCAAGAAAGGAACUGUCAAAUAUUUUUGCCGCCACAAAGGUCAUGGGUUUAUCACACAAGCUGAAGAAAACGCUGAGGAAUUAUUUGUUCAUAUAUCUGACAUUGAAGGUGAAUAUAUCCCAGUGGUAGGAGAUCAGGUGACGUACAAGGAGUGCCUCAUACCUCCCAAGAAGACGAAGACACAAGCCGUAGAGGUUAUUAUCACUCAUCUCGCGCCAGAUGUAAAACACCACCGCUGGGAGGACCCUGAUGACGAUUAGACAUUAAAUCAUGCCAAAAACAAAACAAGAUUAUUCAAUAAAUAAGAUUUCCAUGUACAACUCAUCAAAUUGAUUACUUUUCAAGAUUUAUUUUUUAAUAAUAAUUGAAACUAUUUUGUUUCAACUUUAAAAGUCGGUUGUAGUACAGGUUUCAUGUGUUGUGAUAGCUGAGUAACAUGGUUUUAGGAGGAUUGUACCCUCGAGCACUGUAUUAUGGAGUUAAACAAGUUUGUGUCUCGAUAAUGCUUGUUCAUAUGGCUGUUUGAUGCUCGUACCGCCAGGGGCCGAUUCAUCGAUGCAUCUUAGCCAGAUAACCUCGUAGUAUGCGGGAAUGUUCAUGUAACAUUGCAACAUUCUCUGUCAAAGUAAUAAGACAAGUAUUUGUGUAGUUACAAUAAGACCAGUCUGUAAAAUGCCCGCAAUUGAUGUUUAUUUUUUUAAGACAUCCAUAUUAAUUGUAAUUUUAAUUGUGUGAACGCAGCAUUCAGCAUUAUUAGUGCAAUUAACUCGUGUUCUUACUAAUUGUUGCUAGGCAACGUUAUCUUCAGAAAUGAUGCAGAUAUUAAGAUUAGCAAUCAUAAUUUAUCAGAAAUGAAAGUGCCACAGUCUCUGCACAGCUUUGAGCCCGUUAUGUUAUGUCUCGGAUUUGUGCAUUUCAAUGAUAUGUGUACAUGUACAUCUAUUUAUACUAAUGGUUUUCCCGUCAAUUGCGAGGCAAAUUUUAUCUUCAUAAUCAUAUGCUGGAAUACCAAUCUGUUUGAAAAUGUUUCUUUGAUGUUGAUGUACAGCAAUAAAUUAUCUUAUUGAGCAAAAAUGAAAUUUUUUGUUUAUCCUAAGUAUAGACCAUUUAUCUUGUCUUAGGCCAAAAGAAAAUGUUGUUGACUCUGUCUUCUGUUUAGUUGUUAAAUAUAAUUUGAGCAGAUGCCCAUUCAAACUAACAUCUAAUCAUAGUCUGUUUUUCACGUCAAUGUAUAAUAUGAGACUCUUCACGAGAAAGAAGUUUCGAACACUUAAAGCCGGAGGGUCAACUGCACACACGCGGGAAUCGAAUCCCAAGUGACGAUAAAAACAGACGCUAAAAAUGCAAAGCUUAUGGGUAAGCAUUUGUUUGUAAACAAUGACAAGCCAUCUGACGCAUGCGCAGGUGUCGACUCCCACGCUUUAAGUAUCAGAACGUUUUGUAUGCUUUCUAUCUAGAUAAACAAAAACUUUGGACUAAAUGUUCCUAUUUUGUUUUUAAAUGACUCCUUAUUGUACCCAUGCAUUUGUUGUGGGGUAAUUAUUUAUAUUUUAUGAAUAUGUUCUUUAGACUCUUAUUUGAAUAACCACUAUCCAGUACUGAUGUACAGCGCCCCCUAGUGGCUUAGAAUGUAUUGGUGAUGCCCCCCGCCCCCCUCCAAUAAGGUUAAUCCAGAGUUGUUAUUUCAGCAAGUUCGCACAUGAUACUUGUAUUGAGGGAAGUUGCGCUCACAUGUGGUAAUAGAAAUAGUUUUUGUAUUUUCAACUGUAGUGUUAAUUUUACUAGUUAAAUUAAAAAUGCGUUUAGGGAAUUUAGACAAGCUUAUUGCAUUGUUGUCCAAAUAUAAAUAUCACCGCUGUCAAGAAUUCUUAAUCUGUAUUGGUCUUACAGAAAUAAUAUUAAUAAAUAUGAGCA